UGUUGCCAUCACGCAUCACAGAAUUUCAUCGACCGAUUGAUGAUGCGUCUGUACGUCCAGAAAUCGAGUGCUCUCCUGCUUUUAAGUGCCAUAACAAUGGCUGGAUCGACUGAAAAUGCAGAGGCGUUUUCCUCUUCUAAUGACGCCGGAAAUAUUCCUCAGCUCAUGCCACCUGAUCCAGAUUCUGAUCUUCCGUCCAUCCGGCUAGGGGAAACGAUUCGAUUUGAAGAAUAUGGCCCCAUAAUUCUCAACACAGAUGGUACAACCCGUCGCAUCGCAAACUGGGAUACUUUAACUGGUAGGUUCAUGUGGAUUGUGUCGGUAUGAUGCGAAAGAAAUGACCGGACGUUCUCAAUAUUUGGCUCAAAAUUAUCUGUUCUAAAUGAAUUUUUUGCCAAACGCAGAUCAUGAAAAGGAGGUUUCUUGGCGACGCAUCAGCAAACGAAAUGAAGAGAGGCGAGCUGUUCUUCUCGCGCAGCAGCAAGAAAAAGAAGCGCAAAAAGCCAACGAAGAAAAAGACUCGAAAGAGUUGUAAUCGAAGUAAUAAUAAUCGAUGAAAUUAGAGUUCUACCGCUGCUACGAUAUAGUGUGCUCCUCCGACAGCGAGUGCUAUUUCCGAGUUAUGGAUAUCCGGUGGCGUGCAAGUUAUGCGUUGGCUCAAUUUUAGGGCAAAUGCGUCAUCCUGGUUACCCGUUCCUAGAUUUCCGUGUUCGUUCCACCCACAACCCCAGAGUUGACCUGGCGAAAAAACAAAAAGAAUGAGUGAAAAAAUAGCCCAAACGAAAGCGAAAGAACUGUAUGCUUUGCGAGGACCGAAUUACGGCACUUACCUUCCUCAUCAAUAACCAUUGUCGAUUCGGAUCCGCAAUGAAUUCGUUUUAUUUCUUUUCCGGAAAAGAUUUCGAUGGGACUAUCAACUUGUAAAUUUGAUCCGUUCCCGAGUUGCCCUGUAUCACAAAGGAAGCGAGAAGGCACUGUGAGCACAAACUACGCAAUCACUGAAUUACUAAGUCCGUCGCAUUAUAAGAACUAUGGGUUCGUUGAAUUUCAUCUCAUCUCACCUUUGUCGUUGCGUCCGAACCCAAAAAAUUUGCUUCCUUCUGCACCUUCGACAUGUAGUAUUGUAUGUGACCAGCCACAGUGAACGUGAACUUUAUCGUCUUUUCGAAUUUUGCCUUCCAUAUCUACCACCGAAGGACCACAACCCUUCUUCUGAUCCGUCUUGCGACCCAGUUGGCCGUAUUUGUUCUCUCCGAAGGUCCAGACCCUAUUGAGCGAAUCUACUGCCACCGUGUGUCUUCGCCCGCACGAUACGUCGACAAUUCUAUCGGCAUCAAUGGGUUUCCAUCGACAAUGAGUGUGCAUCGAGUUGGAUAAUGAUUCUGCUGUGGCCCCGUCUUGUUUGGGGAGAUUGCAUUGGCCAAAUCGGUCGCAACCAAACGUGAUUAAUUCUCCGCAUUUUGUGACCAGUGCGGAAUGGAAGAGUCCGGCUUUGACGAUAUCUACAUCCUCGUCUUUCAAAAAUUCUGGUGUGAUUGGAUGUGUCGCAAUCUCGGAGAGCGGGACGUUUUGGCGGCCAGUAACCUGGCCUCUCUCGUCGUUGCCGAAUGCGUAGACCCGGCCAGUUUGUCUUUCCACCACGAGUGUGUGCGAAAAGCCCAGGGCAGCACUCUCCACGACAAUGUCUGGCAACGGUUCGACAAAUGGAAGUGGCAGAUCGGGUGGAUGCUCUUCGAUUCCGGUGCGUUCUGCUCCGCAUUGCAAGUCUUUGUUCCAACCCCACAAGAACAAUCUGCCGUUCUUUGUGAGCAAUGCAGAAUGACCCCCACCAGCAAAAAUUGAUUUCGGCGCGGACCCAGAAGAAUCGUUUGUCAAUAAGGGAGUAGGCAGAACAAUUUCUGUUCGAUGGUGCGCGUCCUCGGCAGCUAUCAGAGAGGGAAUUCCGGGUCUGUUGAGCAUGAGUUGGUUGUGCUGAUUUGACCCACCACCCGUCAAAAAAUACAACUGGUAACC